AAAUAAGAGGAGGGAGAGGAUAGAGGCAAUCCGCCUGGUUAUUGAGUUACCAUGGCAAGCACUUGCAGGCAAUCCGGAUUCUUAUUUCUAGUAAUUUUUCUACAAAUAGUGCGCCUCGGUUUAACUCAAAGUUUACCAGAUGAUACAGGUCGCUCAGGUCCACCUGGAGUCCCGGGAGUGGAUGGAAUCGAUGGCCCUCGAGGUCCAGAUGGUCCCCCGGGUCCACCGGGUCCAAAAGGUGACGCAGGUCCGAGUGGCGCUACUGGAUCGAUGGGGAAGCCAGGGAAAGAUGGAGCAACAGGACAACAGGGAUCUCCAGGGCCACCUGGGCAACCUGGAACAAAGGGUGAACCUGGAUCAGUUGGACCUCCUGGAGCUCCCGGUGAGAUAGAAUCGGGGCCACCUGGCCCGCCUGGUCCUCCUGGACUUCCAGGUGAAAUUGGUCGUGUGGGUCCUCCAGGUGAUCGAGGACCUCCAGGACUAUCUGGACCACCAGGGCCUCCUGGACCCAAGGGGCUUCCAGCAAUAACAAAUGGUGAAAGCAGUCUUGAUGUUCUAUGCCCAAACUCAUGCCCUCCAGCCCUCCAGGGUCACGCUGGUCUUCCAGGGAUGAAGGGUCAUAAAGGCGUGAAAGGUGAAACCGGUGAACCAGGCAAGCAAGGACACAAGGGAGAAGAGGGUGAGACAGGAGAACCUGGAGACCUAGGUUCUCAAGGCCCUCCGGGAUCACAAGGCCCAAGAGGAUAUAUUGGCAUGGAGGGUCAAAAGGGUGAUAUGGGACCUCGAGGAGAAGUUGGUGAAGCUGGUGGUGUCGGCCCUAUCGGUGCACCUGGAGACAUAGGGCCACGAGGCCUGCUGGGUGAGCCUGGCCCCAAAGGUGAUAUGGGUCGCCCUGGUCCCAGAGGAAUUAGAGGUUCUCCAGGAUCUAAAGGAGAGUCUGGUUUACCUGGUAUUGAUGGACGAGAUGGUAUUCCUGCAAUGCCCGGAUCAAAGGGUGUAGCUGGCAAGCCGGGUGUCCAAGGUGAAGCAGGACCUCGAGGUCUGCCUGGUUUGCCUGGAUCUCCAGGGCUUCCAGGUGUAAUUGGAGCAAAGGGUAAUCAAGGUCCCCCUGGUUUGGUUGGUGCAAUGGGAUCACCUGGUAAACCUGGCGAGCAGGGUCCUCGAGGUGACUCAGGAGAACCUGGCCUUGUUGGUCCUCCAGGUGGUAGAGGUGAAGCUGGUUCUAUUGGUCCACCUGGUCCACCAGGCCCACGAGGCGCCGUUGGUGAUAUUGGUUAUCCUGGUCUUCCAGGUCCUGCUGGUCUACGUGGUGCUAAAGGUAACAGGGGAUCUGUCGGCUUACCAGGACCUAAAGGUCAAGAAGGUGCUCCUGGCGGAGAAGGUAUUGAUGGUCAGAAGGGUACGAUGGGCGACAGGGGACCACCAGGCCCCAAGGGCUCUCUUGGUAAAGUUGGUCAGGCUGGGUCCCGUGGCAAAGAAGGUUUCCGUGGAUUGCCUGGUACAGAAGGUCCCCAGGGACCAAUUGGAGCACAAGGGUUACAAGGAGACCGUGGACCUAUGGGAUUACCUGGAAAACAGGGUUUUCCUGGUAAAGAGCCUACGGACCAGCACAUAAGAACUGUAUGUAUGAGAGUAAUGCAAGAACACUUGGCUCAUUUGGCUUCCAGCCUGAGGCGACCUGAAUCUGGAAUCAUGGGUAUGCCAGGACGUCCUGGACCACCUGGCCCCCCAGGUCCACCUGGAGACAAUGGCUUCCCUGGACAACCAGGAGCUCGUGGACUCACUGGCCUCAAAGGACCACCUGGCAUAAUUGGUUACAAAGGACAAAAAGGUGAACAAGGUGAUAAGGGUGAUAAGGGACUGCCAGGAAGAGGACCCAGGGGUUUGCCCGGGCCACAAGGUCUACCAGGGGAGCCUGGCAAGAACAGCUUUGGUAGGGAUGGCCGUGAUGGUAUGAGAGGGCCGCCUGGAAAGGCUGGACAGCCUGGUAUUCCUGGUCCACCUGGGCGUGCAGGACCUCCUGGCUACUGUGAGUCUUCUGCUUGCACACUAGCUAUACGAGCACCACCACCAGAAAAUGUAAAAGGACCAUGAACUAUUAAAGCUUAACUGUUAAAAUGUGGAGCAGGUUGCAGAGAAAAAGAGGAGAACUGAAACCUACAUAAGUUUUAAUCUGGGAAAUGGACUUCAAUGUUUAAUUUUAUAACACUGUUAUAUUUUGAAAAAUAAAUUGUACUUGAUAAUGUAAUUCCAACUGAUGGUGCUCCAUAAGAAACUAAACCACAGUUCUCCAUUGGAUGUAUAUUAAAAUUAAAAGAUGACCAAAAGAAGUUGUACUUUUGAUAAUUUCCUAAUACUUCCCCUCCCUGGUGGGUUACAGAGUCCCCAUUACUUUCCUAUAAAUAACUUAAAAGAGAAGGUUGUGUUAAUUAUUACCUCAGAAAUAAUAUUUUCCAUUUCACCUUGUAAAAUUAAAAGAAUACUAAACUUGUAAAGCCAAUUGAUGAAGUUUUGCUGAAUUGUUUGUACUAUAUUGUAUACUAAACCUGCUAACAGGAAAUAAUAAACAUUCCAUUUUGUACAAAAAUUGUCAGAGACCAUUCAUGUUAAAACAUGCCAAAUGGGAUCCCUGUGUGCUGUAAAUCUCCAUACAUGUCUGAUUCUGGGAUUAUUCAAGGAGAAUCACUUUUUUUCUUCUUGGGUAACAUUAUUUAAUAGAAUGAGUGAUGGAUAUUUCAUCCCACACACUUUGCUCUGGUGUGCAUGAAAUUCUUUGAUUCUAACUUGGACUACUCUGCUUUUAGAAUCCUUGGUUAAAUUGGCAUUUUCAUGUUGUAAAGAAUAAUUUCAUUUAUGGAAACUAGAAAACUAAUACAUUUGGAAAAAAUAUGUUAUUUAUUUUAUCACUCUGUAGUGAUAUUGUUUAUUAUUUUAGAAGAAUGUAAUAAAUGCAAAUUUCUUCAAGAAGUGCAUGUUUUUUAUGAAUGGUCAGUUCAAAUAGCUAG